AACCUGCAGCUUAAAUACUGAGAUGAAAUAUAGUUCAGUUAAAAUGACACUGUGUUUGAAGUGAUGAACAGUCGAUUAACUCGUGUGUAAUGUGCUCUCAGGUGUUUUCUCACCUGUCGGUGAAGGAGAGAUGUCUAGGCGCGUCUCUGGUCUGUAAAUACUGGCGCGAUCUCUGCUUAGACUUCCAGUUCUGGAAACAGAUCGAUCUCAGCGGCCUCCAGCAGGUUAAAGACGAUCUGCUGGUGAAGAUCGCGUCCCGGAGGCAGAACGUCACUGAGAUCAACAUCUCCGACUGCCGUAACGUUCAGGAUCACGGCGUUUGCUCUCUGGCGUCUAACUGUCCCGGUCUGAUCAAAUACACGGCGUACCGCUGUAAGCAGCUCAGCGACGUGUCUCUGUGCACCGUGGCCAUCCACUGCCCGCUCCUGCAGAAAGUGCACACCGGCAACCAGGACAAACUCACGGACCACGCUCUCAAACUGUUGGGUGAACACUGCAAAGAGCUGAAGGACGUGCAUUUCGGCCAGUGCUACAGCAUCAGUGACGAGGGUCUGGUGGCGCUGGCGCAGGGGUGCAGCAAACUACAGAGGAUCUACAUGCAGGAGAACAAACUGGUGACGGAUAAGUCGGUGCAGGCGUUUGCGCAGAACUGUCCGGAUCUGCAGUUCGUGGGCUUCAUGGGCUGCUCAGUGACGUCUCAGGGCGUCAUGCACCUCACCCGGCUGCAGCACCUGAGCAGUCUGGACCUGCGGCACAUCUCUGAGCUCAACAACGAGACUGUGAUGGAGGUGGUGAGAAAGUGCAGGAAACUGACGUCCCUCAACCUCUGCCUCAACUGGACCAUCAACGACAGUUCUGCUGGAAUCAGUGUCUGUGACUGGAGAGUGUGAGGAUGUUGUUGAUGUUCCUGCUGUAACGCAUGGAUUUACAGCCGCCGCAGCCGUUAACACAAUAUUGAAUUUACAGUCCGCCCCAGAUACAGUGCCGUUGUUUUAUGAUUUCUGGAUUUAUUGGAGCUGAGGAUUCUCACCCCUGACCCUUCAUGAAGCGCUGAUUGAUUUCUCCACAGCGUUCCCGUCGGGUUACAGGUUUGGGUCGGUGAGGUCAGACUGAGAACAUGCUGUAAUUUACACUGUUUGACUUUUAUUCAUCCGGAUUCAUGAGCGCUGACGCUCAACCAGUCCUGCGUCAAA